AUGAGACAAGUCGACAUAAGACAAAACAACAUGAGAAAAGGCGGCAUGAGAGAAGUCGACAUGAGUCAAAUCGACAUAAGACAAGUCGACACGAGAGAAGUCCACAUGAGACAAGUCGACAUGAGACAAGUCGGCAUGAGACAAGUCGACAUGAAAGAAGCCGACAUGAGACAAGACAACAUGAGAGAAGUCGACAUAAGACAAGUCGACAUGAGUCAAGUCGACAUAAGACAAGUCGACAUGAGAGAAGUCGGCAUAAGACAAGUCGACAUGAGACAAGUCGACAUGAAAGAAGUCGACAUGAGACAAGACAACAUGAGAGAAGUCGACAUAAGACAAGUCGACAUGAGACAAGUCGACAUGAGAAAAGUCGACAUGAAAGAAGUCGACAUGAGACAAGACAACAUGAGACAUUAG